AUGCUGCGCCGUGCCGUGCUUCUGCAUCGUUCGGUCCGCGUGCUUCCUCGCCAGCAGCUCGCUUCUCUCGUUCGAAUACAGAGUGCUUUGACGCACGAUCCUCGUGCCCCGGGAGCUGUUCGUUCGCUAGCGCUACUUUCGCUCUCCGCUCUCGCUCUGGCAACAGCGUCCUGCGCCCCCAAACUACCGAUGGAGUCUGCUGACGCAGUUAAGGCCGAGGAGCUGUACAAUGACAACUCUUUCGACCGUCGUGAGCUCCUCAACAAGCUCAAGGAGAUGCACGCCGCUCAUCCUGAAGAUGUCGGCGUCAUUUGGCGCCUCACUCGUGCUGCUUAUGAUGUUUCGAACCUGAAAGCUACGAGCGCCGACGAGAAGAAGGAGCUGACGUACUACGCGCGCGAUAUCAUUCAGAAGGGUUUGGAUCUAACCAAGGACGUUGCUGCAGUGCACAACUGGUACGGGAUCAUUUUGUCCUCCAUUGGGGACUACGAGGGCUCCAAGGUGUCGAUCGCCAACUCAUACGUGAUCAAGAAUCACUGGGAGAAGGCGAUAGAGCUCAACCCUUCGAACCCCACGACGUAUUACUUGCUGGGUCGCUGGUGUAUCGCCAUCGCUGACCUGUCGUGGCUGGAGCGUAAGGCGGCGGCUGUGCUGUUUGGUACGCCUCCCGAGUCCUCGUACGACGAAGCGCUGAGCUUCCUGCUCAAGUCGGAGGAGCUCGCUCCGGACUCGUGGAAGAAGCGAUCGCUGCUCAUCGCGCAGGUUUACCAGAAGAAAAAGGAGUAUCCGACGGCGAAAGAAUGGGUGAACAAGGCACUUGCGAUCCCUAUCGGCGUUGAGGAGGACGAGAUCGCUCACGAAGAGGCUCAAGCGCUACUCAAGAAACUAUAG